UCGCCUUCGAUCGAUCCUUUAUAUGCCGAUUGGUCUCCGAAACCGAUAGCAAAGACGGCGAAGAAGCUGUCUGAUCGUGCUGCGAUCAUGCCUUCCGAAGCCGGAGCGAGGUCCUUCCGAGACCGACGGCGUCCGGUGAUCUCGAUGGACAGGCAGAAGCCGGACCUGGGCGCGCGCGUCGCGGAGUCGGCCGGGCAAACCGCGGCAGGGUGCGCGGCCGUGUUCUGCUGCUGCCCCUGCGGCCUGGCGAGCCUCCUCUACCUGGCGGCCGUGAAGUUCCCGGCUGGACUCUUCCGACAAACCCUGGGCCGCGGUGCCAAGUUCGCGAAGAAGGGAGCAGGCAUCCAGCCGAAAAAAGACGUCUUUGACGACGACGACGCCAUCAGCGUCGACGCCGGCUGGAUUCCGGUGGCGCUGUGGCCAGAGGACGCGUGGCCGUCGACGAUGGCCUCGCCGGAGCUGGUGGCGUUGGAGAAAGAGAUGUCGGCGUGGUUCUACAGCGCGGGGUUCUGGCGGAGCCCUUCGCAGAAGGAGUAAAGGGGAGUUCAUCGGAAAAAUGAGAAGGAAAGCUGGAAAAGGUGAGAACUUGACCUUCGCCGAGACAGAACAGAGGACGACAGAUUAAAAUCCCAUCAAAGGUGGGAUUUUUAAGUGCCCUGAUCCAGUUCAAAGUUCAAACGCAGAUUCCAAUCCAUCUUCUUUGAUCGAGUAGGAACCGAUUCUGUAAAUUCACUCUGAUCUUCAUUCCUAGCCAAGUGUUUCCCCAAAACGCCAUUUUUUGAUUGCUCUGAAUCCACAAUUAGUGGCUUUUAUGAUACUGGGAAAGGAUUGUUCUUGCAGGAACUUAUGUUGCUAGACCAUUCUGAGAGUUCAUGCUGUGUCAUUGAGCACAGUUCUUGUAGCUUUUGAGGGAUAAUUGGCAUUUGAUUUGACUCCAAAGUUUGAGAUUAAAAGUUUUCAAGAAAAACAGAACACAAGUUGUUAAGUUAGUCUUACCAGUGAGUUGGGUUCAAAGGAGAAUAAAAGAGAAGGAUUUUGUUACCCUACUUAA